AUGGUGUGUUCGGUUGCUCGCACAGGGAGGCAUUUGCAGAGGUACAACAGAGGUCGAAGACUUGUUGUAGGGUGCAUUCCAUAUAGAUAUAAGAAUGGCAACACUGGAGGCACUAAAGAUGAGUUAGAGGUUCUUGUGAUCAGUUCAAAAAAAAGUCAAGAAAUGAUGUUUCCAAAGGGAGGUUGGGAACUUGAUGAAUCUAUUGAAGAAGCAGCUCGUCGCGAGUCAUUAGAGGAAGCCGGUGUUCUUGGCAAUGUUGAGAGUCAGUUGGGUACAUGGCUAUUCAAGAGCAAUAGCCGGGAACUCCAUCACGAAGGUCUCAUGUUUCCUUUACUAGUGACAGAACAACUUGAUCUAUGGCCGGAAAAGAGUGUGCGAUUAAGAGAAUGGAUGGCAGUGGCUAAAGCUAGAGAGGUUUGCAAGCAGCUAUGGAUGAAUGAAGCCUUGGACAUAUUAGUUAACAGACUAAAAUUGGUGGAGGGAAAAGAUGUUCAGUCCAUAGACAUAAAUUAG